AUGAAUCGUGAUGGCAAGGUGGUUAGCGAUUGUCCUCUCAAAUAUUUUGUCAUGGACCGCUCACAGAGUGAACAGAAGUUGGAUGAAGUUAGAGAGGAACGUGUGUGGAGACAAUGGGUCGACGACCGCUUUAUACAUUUGAUUUCCCCAAACGUAUAUCGUACCCCAAAGGAAGCCUUAGAAACCUUUAAUUGGUUCUCAGAAUUUGGUGAUUGGAAGGAAAACUUUACUCCCUGGAAUCAAAUUUUGGCGAAGUACGUGGGCGCUUUUAUGAUGUACUUUAUUGCCAAGCGCCUCAAAGCGAAACACAAGAUUACGGACGAAAGGCAGGCGCUAGUCGAAGCUUUUGCUGAGUGGAUGGAAGCUAUUGGUCCAGAUAGAAAGUUCUUAGGUGGUAAUGAGCCAAAUUUGGCUGACCUUGUGAGUUCACAUUUAACUUCAGGCUUUAUUCGAACAGGAAAGUUAUUUCAUUAA